AUGGCGUCGUCUUCUCCGCUCUUCGAGUCGCCUCUCGCGAGCAAGCGGCCACCUAUGAGUAUCACAUUACCGCGCAACUUCGCGCCCACCGACCUAAGCGAUCCCAAGACACCAGACCAGACCUUCGCAGAAGUCAGACUGCCACCUGCGCCGCACUUCACUACUAUGAAAGUGCGACGGCGGCCGAUUGAUAUGACUUCUUUCACUGCGCAAAAUAGCGCGCUACCGCCUGCGCUCUUUGCUUCAGAGAUCCCCGUUCCUUCAAGCGCCAUGCCGCAGCAACAGCCAUUUCAGCUUUCAAGCGAUCCGUUCGACCCAGAUACACCAGUACCCUCAGUUGAGCCUGAGCCCAUGACCUCAGUCACUCGUCCACCAUUCCAGCAUUCCAUCACAGACCCAUUCCCGAGUGACAGACUACAACUGCCAGCAUAUCGCGAACAGCCACCGCGCACACCUCCAGCCCAAACCAACAAUACGCCCGCCCAGCACAAGCUAUCAGUAUGGGAUAUGCCUCGCUCGACCUCGGAAUGCUCACUGAGGUCCGAUUCCUCGGUCUCUUCCUCCGGAGAAACUUUCAAUACUCGCCCUACAUCAUUUGACGGCAGUGCCACCAGCCCGGAUACUGAGCUCGACCCUUUCUCUCCUGGCAAGAUUUUCCUUGUGCCAGACACUCCAACUCGCCGAGGCAAAAAAAUAAAGCUCAAGUCAGCAGGAUGCAAAGAGAAAGUCGAUUGGUCCAUCGAAAUGGACAAUCACCUCUUCAACGUCUACCAGAUGUACCUAGCUGAUCCUGCUCUGACACCUUUUAAGACCCUACCAGGCAGCAUUCCUCCAACUGGCGUAUGCCAUCGCGUGGCACGGCGAGCAAAGGAGACCUGGCCUCGAGCCAAGCGGAUAGCACAUCCAAUCGUGACCCCCUACAAGGUCCGAAGUGUGCUCGAUGCCAGAGGUCUACCAUUGAGCAAGACACCUGAACCGGAAGACUUCUUGCACAACGGUUCUUCUAAAGAUUCCCGAGAGCCUUGGCCGUCAGAGAGCGCGACUCGAAGACGUCUGAAGCAACUUUGCAAAGAAAAGUUCACUAUCUCGGCGCAUUAUCAGCGACUGCGCGAAUCGAGAAGCCCGUCACCAUUCACAGAGCAGUUCCAGAGACGACCGCCAUCAAGACUUACGCGGUCCAAGUCACAUCCAAUGGCAGAAGAUGCUUCGGCGUAUGCUACUAGAGAGCUUGGCAUCUCACUUGUCGCCAGCGGUGCGACCGCACCUCUUGCCCAACUUGUGACAGGAGACUCUCCUAUGAUGGACCAGAGCGAGGAUUUUUUCAACACGCCACUUUUGCAGCCCAAUCAGCCUGCUGAGAUGCCACAGACUGGUCUCGGCAUACAAGAGGAAGAACCUGGCAAGCUCAGUGUUGGCGGCAACAUUCCUCGACUGGCUUCACCUUUCGCAUACUCGACCUGGAACGGCAGCUCGAAGCCCAGCAAUCCUCAUCGGCGACGCAUUAGCCAGAACCAGUUCGACACCAUUCAUGCUACAGGGUCUCGACUACUCUCACCGUUCAAGCCGGAACCAGAUGUUUCGUCGAACGUCAACAAGCGACGUGCACUGCAUAACCUUGAAGACGAGCUCAGCCCUCGGGGUUCUAGUCUCGGACCAGAGCUGGCCCCACAACCCGAACCCAGCAACACUCCGCAUGAGCUUGUCUUCACUGGCGCUGGUGACAUCAGUCAACGCCGCAUCCGCUUGAGGGGACGAGGUGCUACUUUGGGUGCGCUCAAUGCUCGUGACCGCAUCCAGAGCCUCUUCGACCCACCGACGCCGUCACCUACGGCUGUGGGCAUCCCACCUGUCCCAGCACUGCCUGCCUCGCUGACCGCGCUGGCCACUGCAAGUGGGACAAGUAACACGGCUGUCGCUUCGUCAUCAAGGCUAGCACUGCCAGAGCAAGACGCCUCCCAGAAGCGCUUGGGUUCUCCGUUCGAGCUGGACCCGAACAAGCGCAGUCAACGCCAGAUGGUGCCCCGCCAUGUACCGAGCUUGUCUGAUCCGUUCAUCUCUACCCAUGGACAAAGCUUGAAUGAGCGGCUGGCUGAAAUGGACAGCUGGCAUCGUAUGGACUACCAGCGACAGAAUAGACGAAGACCGAGCGAUGCUUUCGAGUGGAAGCUGCUCGGAGCGGAGGGCGUUCCUCGAGCUGCUCCCCGCCAGUGA